AUGGGUUCGCUGCGGCCGUGGAACCUUUUCGGCAGAACUUUGUACAUAGCUUCGACUGAAGGUGGAGCGUUGAACAGCAACCUCGCCAUCCAGUUGAGCCAAGCCAGGGCGAGACAGCAGGCGCAAGAGGCCAGCCGCUUCAGCUCGCCCUUUGCUCGAAAUUUGGCAUACCUGCUGUGGCCGUUUUCCGCAGCGUGGGCCCUGCUUUGGGUAGCAAGGUGGCGUUAUCGAGAUUCAGAUCGGCUUCGAGAGCUGGAAUCAAAGCCAGGAGGCGCAAUACUGCUCGACCUCCUGGCCUGGAGGGUUACUGCACAUCUGGGUCCAUACCAGGUGCCGAACUUUUCCAAGGCCAAGAUGCACGAAGAACCAUUGAAACUUCUUCAGGAUCCAGUCUUGUUGGACCACGAGAGAAUGCGAGCUCUCAGCAGGCUCGGGCAGCUGUCGCAGAGGCGCAUGGCCGCGUUGAGCUUCUCGCCUCCGGGAAUGCAGCAAGGCUCGCCAUUGCUCGCGAUUGAGCCACUCCUCUUUGAAGCGUUCUACGAGGACUCUGCCAGUGCUACGAAAAGUCCGGGCACCAGCUCGGACACACACAGAGCUGCUGCAGCAAAAAUCAUCCUGGACGUGGUUGCGGCAUGUCCGUCCCAGGACCGAGCAGUUCCGGCCUGGGUCCUCAGCGGCCUGGUGAAGGCCCAGGGCAUUCCUUGGCAGGUUGGCCCGCAAGGAGAGGAGCUGCGUGCCACGCUUCUUUUGCAGCUGCUGCGAACUCCUUCGAAUGCUGCAGCUGCGGGUUCGCUGCCGGAGGUGCGGCAAUAUCUCGGCGACGCAGGCAUAAAGAGAAAAGAGGACACAGCAUGGCCGCUGAAGGCAUACCUGAUGAGUGGUGAGACACAUGACUUGCUUCGGAAGGGUGCCAGACUCGUGACGAAGCAAUGUCCGGGUGCCGUGGAGUCAAGAACUAAGAGGGACAGAGACACGCCGACACUUCAGACGAAGCGCGAUGUGCGGAACUUCUGGACCUCUAUCUUGCUCACAGCAGGAUGGGCUUCUUUUCAACAUUGGACGGCAGUCUUCACGGCGCAGGCUGUCUUGCAGCUUCUAGCCGGCAUUGGAAGUGCCAGUGCAGGUGCGGUAGUACUGGAGGCGAUCUGGACUGCCGAAGAGCACGUCAUCCAAACAGAGUGGUACUGGGAGGGCGUCUACAGCACGCCGGCUUCUGCGGCCAUGACACUCGUCAACUGCGUGGCCCUAGCUUGGGCCGCACGCUUCGCCUGCAUCUUGCCUUUUGCCUUCUCGAGAUUGUUUAAAGAUGAUUAUAUGGAUGCAUAUAGAACUUUCACCUGA